CACAAUGUGUGUUGUGAUUAUUCGCCGUAUGGAGGAGUCUGAUAUAUAUAUCACGGAAAAUAUUACUUGUUUACGUGUGCGUACAGAUGACCGUGACAAUCUACUUUAAUCUACUUACGUAGUUCGUUUCACGCAGAAAAGCAACAGUACUAUAUUUUCAUUGCAGUCACGAAUUUAAUAUCCGUAACCCGGAAAAUCGGUAAAGCAGUUUUAGGUUAUAUUUCUCCUACUGUGAAAAUUAUUCCAUUUUAAGGCACGCUCUAAUCUGAAGUAGCAAUCGAAUAGGAUGUCGGUAGCUCGGGGUAAAGUUUUACUCUGUAAGGCCAAGGCGCAGGGUGAACCAGAGGAAGGGGAGAAAGACUAUGUUACGGUUCUCGAAUCAGCAGGAUUUUCAUGCACGCAACUACCCGUUUUAAGAUUUGAAUUUAUCAACCUUAAGAAGCUGCAGGUUCUCCUUGUUCAAAAUUCAUACUCAGGUUUGAUUCUUACGAGUCCUCGCAGCGCAGAAGCUGUGAAACUUUCUCUCGAACAGGGAGAAGCAUGGUUGGAGUCCAUCUUUAGCCAUAUUUGGAAAAAUCUGCCCAUCUACUGCAUAGGUCCAACGACAGAACGAGUGGCUAGAAAUAUUCUCGGUUUACAACGUUAUUGUGGUUCUGAAUCAGGCAAUGCCGAAGAGCUAGCUAAGUUCAUAAUAAACGAAAUGCAAUCUGCAAGUGAUAAUCCUGAAGCAAGGCCUCUUUUGUACCCCUGCAGUGCUAUUGCACGCGAUACAAUGUCAACUACUCUCGAAGCUGGUGGUAUAACAAUGCAGAAAUUACCUGUCUACAAAACUCUACCCAGCAAAACGUUACAAACGGACUUAAACGAUAUCCUUAGCAACUCGCUACCGGAGUAUGUAGUUUUUUUCAGUCCCUCUGCUGUGAGGUAUGUUACAAACGUGAUUAAACGAAAUAGAUCGGAAAAAUUGAUUGAGCAAAUGAAAUUUGUAGCUAUUGGUCCUGUGACCGAAAAAGCUCUUGUCGAAGCUGGCUUAAAAGUAUACGCAACAUCUCGCCAACCUGAUCCUAUCGCGUUAUCAAAUGCGCUUCAGAAUAUGCUAGUUAAAAAAUGACUAGUGUAGCUGUGGUCCUAAUUUUCUUCUUUUUUAAUUCACUACCAUAAGUUCUACGAAGACCACACAUUUUAUUCUCAUGAAAAUUCAUCUACUAAAAUUAUCUGAUGUAAAUAGAAUUCUGUAUGAUUAUUGGCAUGCAGAGUGGGUAAUUUAAUAAAUUAAUGAUUUCUUAAAGUGUAUAUUGGUAAUAUAGGUAUAUCGGCAGGUUGUCUACAGGUUUAUUCGAAUUACAAUUUCUCACAUAUUUUAAAACAGUGCUGUAAUAUAAAGCAACAUUCAGAUGUAAUAAUAGCCGAUGCACUGCAAAGUUAAGAAAUAAUGUAUGUAAGACCUUCGUGCGAUUUAUUAUAUUUUAUCAGUUCAAUAAAAUUCAUCCA